AAUUACAAUUGUAAACAUUAACACGUGAGAGUAAGCUUUGAUUGUUAAUUUACACUAGGAUUGCAGUAAAUAACAUUGGAUAAAAAUUCUAACGAGCUAUCCAAAUUCUUAUAUUGAAUACUGUCAUGACUUUAAAUCAAGAAGAAGACUACGAUGUUCUAUCGUCAAUGGAUAUCAUCGAAAAUAAAGUUGGUAGGAAGAGGAAGAAGAAACAAAUAAUGGAAAACGGCAAGAAAAUUAAACCUCCUACUGCUGAGGAGUUAAAUAAACUUCGAGAAACAGAAAAUUUAUUUUUGUCCAAUAUGUUUCGUUUGCAAAUUGAUGAAAUGCUCAAAGAAGUUAAACCUAAAGAACCAGUUCUUAUUAAAAUUAAUGAAUGGUUUUUAAAAUUUAAAUCGAUAGUUUUGAAUGAAAUUGAUAAUUCCGAUUAUAAAAAAGAAUUAUUGUCUAAUAUAAAUUCAACUGAACUGGUUUCACCUUUUCAUUUAAGUCCUUUGAAUAAUACAGAUGGAACAUUUAGAUUCAUUAAACCUGUAGAUGUAAAAAUAGUUGGUUCAUAUUCAAUUGGAACAUCGUUAAUGCCUAUUUUAAAUAUAGAUGUGUCAUUGAUAUUAGGAAAAACUCUUUUUCAUAAAAAGGAUUAUACAGAUGAAAGAUAUUUCCGUAAAAAAGCUUUUUAUUUGUUGUGUCUUUCUAAAGAACUACUAAAAGUUUCAAACCUAAUUCAAAGUGAUUAUGUAAAAUUUUGGUGUGCAUCAUCAUCCUAUUGUUCCCCUGUUUUAAUUGUAAAGCCAGAUGGCAAUUUAAGUAAAAAAUGUAAUAUUAUUUUGAGAGUCGUGCCUGAAAAUAAUGUCUAUAAAUAUCAAUUAUUUUCACCCAAUGCUAACAAUAUUGACAACAACUGGUACUUUGGAGAAAAUAAUGAAUCAGAAAAAAAAUUCUAUACACCCCAUUACAAUAGUUCUAUCUUACAAGAUUUAGUAAUUAAUUCUAAUGAAGCAUUGCUUAAAGAUGUUAUUGAUGCUAAUCAGAAUGUACAAGAUGCUUUGUUUCUAUUAAAGAUCUGGCUUGCUCAAAGAAAUUUUAAAGGAGUUGGUAAUAUUACAAACUAUAUUAUGUCGAUGUUUGUUGUUCACUUGUUUAAAAAAAAUAAAAUUAACAAGUUUAUGAGUAGUUACCAGAUUGUACGAAAUGUUUGGCUGUGCUUAGGGCAAAGUAAUUGGCACAUUGAAGGUAUAAAAUUGAAUGAAGAAGAAAAUUGUAUUGAUAUCAGUAAACCUUCUUUAACAGACUUUCAUUCAGCAUUUCAAGUUGUUUUUAUCGACUCCACUGGUUAUUUAAACUUCUGUGCCAAUGUUUUCAAAUCAAAUUAUAUUCAUAUAAAAAAUCAAUCAAACUACGCGGUUGAAAUGCUGGAUAACCCAAAAAUUAAUUCUUUUCCAUUUUUGUUUUUGAAUAAGGUUUCAUUUUUUGAAAGAUUUGACCAAUUUAUUAAUUUUCAUGAUAUUAAAGUAGUAAGAGAAAUAGUAAAAAAAAAUGGACAGAAAAAAAAUCAAUUAGAUUUAAGAGAGGAUUUAUUAAUUCAGUUCCAGCAAAUAAUUGAACCAUUGUUAUUAUCAAGCCUUGGUGAUAGAAUUGAAGAAAUUUGUUUUGAAAUAUCUCAAGAACCUUGUGAAGUUGGUAAAACCUUGGAGUGUUUUAAUAACAUUAUUGUUGGUCUUAAGUUAAAUCCUGAAAAAGCUUUUUCUGUUGUUGAACGUGGUCCAACAGCUAAUCUUCCUGAAGCAAAAGAGUUUCGAACGUUUUGGGGUGAGAAAUCACAGUUGAGACGAUUUAAAGAUGGAGAAGUGUGUGAAGCUGUUGUUUGGGUUGAUAGUAAAGUGCCUUUUCAUAAAAAACGUACUAUAAUAAGAGAUAUAGUUCAAUAUGUGCUUAAGAAUAAGCUUUCUAUCAGCUCGGAACAGUUUAUUUAUAUUGCAGAUCAAGCAGAAGAAGUUCUUUUAAAUCCUUUUGUUAAGCCAAUUGGUUUUGAGUAUGGGACUGGUGAAGAUGCGAGUAUGCGUUGUAUUGAUAGUUUUAAUGAAGUUGGCAAGGCUAUACGAGAAUUAGAUGGGCUACCUUUAACUGUCACAUCAGUGCAAGGAGUAUCUCCUGUACUCCGGUAUACUGAUGUCAUACCACCAUUAUCAAGAUCUCACACUGAUGAAAAAAGAAUAAAGAAUACCAAAGGAAAUUGUGUUUUGGCAUCCACUGAUGAAAUGAAAAUAGUACCUGGUUAUGUUCAACCUAUUGAAGGAAUAAUUCAAUUUGCUUCAAGUGGAAAGUGGCCAAAUGAUUUACAUGCUGUUAAAAGGAUGAUUACAGCUUUUUAUAUUAAUUUAGCUGCUCGAUUAACUAAUGAAUACAACCUAGUAUCACAACCAUUUGUUGAUUAUAUUGAUGUUAUGAAAAAUGGUUUUGUAUUUCGUUAUCGAAUAUACUACCCGGGAGAGGUUUCUCUUUUGAAGAAAGAGGUAAUGCCUGAUGGUAUGGUUCGUUAUAAAGAUACAGAUGAAUCAUUAAAUUUAGAACGUUUAAUGGUACAGUUACCUACAUUAACCAGUUCAUUACAUGGUUUACAUCUGCAAUAUCAGUCUUUUGGACCAACAUGUUGUUUAGCCAAACGGUGGCUUAGAAGUCAAUUGAUUGACAGUUAUCAUUUUCCAGAUAUCUGCGUUGAAUUAUUAGUGGCUAGUUUUUUUUUACAGCCUGAACCAUUUAGAAUAAUUUAUCAACCAACUGUAGGAUUAAUGCGUUUCUUACGCAAAUUAGCUACCACAGAUUGGUUUAGAGAAUUUGUUUUAAUCAACUUUAAUGGUGAUAUUCCAAAGGAUCAUAUUUCUGCAAUAGAAUGUUCCGUUGCAGCUCAACAAAAUAAAACACGAUCUGCUAUGAUACUGGUAACACCAUUUGAUUUAAAAGGGACUUCAUGGUCAAAAGAUUCUCCAACUUUUACUAUAUUGGCAAGGUUAAUGCAUUUGUCUAAAAAGUCUCUGGAAGUUAUGGAAAAUAAUUUCUUAACAAAUGGUUGCGUGGAUGAUUUGAAACAAAUAUUCAGACCUCCACUAGAAGGAUAUGAUGUAUUAGUAAAACUAAAAAAUGUAAUGAAUCCCUUCAGAUUUAUGGCUAUUGAUGCAAAAUCUAAUAAAGUCUAUGAAUUAGAACCACCAAGAGAAAAUGAAAAAAUACCACUGACUGGAUUAAAUCCUAUUCAAGAAUUGAUAAAUAAUCUUAGGAUUAGUUAUUCUGAGUUUGCAUUGUUUUUCCAUGACACAUUUGGAGGAGAUACAAUAGGUAUUGUUUUUAAACCUGAUACUUUUAUUCUGACUGAUUUCAAGAUAAAUAAUGUAAAUGGAAGAAAGUUAAAUAAAACAAAUGAAAAAAAACAACUAGAAUUCAAUUUAGAAGCUUUUAUUGAGGACAUUUACGCCUUAGGAGGAUCUAUUGUAAAAGAAGUUGUCAAAUGUAACAAAUCAUUUUUUAGUAGUUGAUUUUGUGUAUAUUCUCUAUCAUACAAAUAAAGUUAUUCUUUUAUUUUUAA